UAAAUAUUUAGGGCUUAGCUGCAAAUAUCCUAAUUAUUACGAGUUGCAGCGGGGAGAAGAAGACUGAAGUCUGAAGACGUAAUACCAUUGUCCGUACGAUAAUGGAGGUAGGGCAUGCCGAGACUAAAUCAAACCCUAAUUCUGAAACCAAGACUACCAAGAGAGACGAUAAGAAGAGGAAGAGGGUUUCCGAAUUCGAGUACUGCGAAGUUUGUAAACUCAAUCAUGAUCAAGGCCAGCGCCACAAGUACUUCCCAACCCACAAAAAGUCCCUCUCCGACUUCUUCUCUCGGUUCCAGACCAAGCUCUCCGAUGUUCGCUUCUUUCUGAAAAAUCCUACAAUUCUCUUCCCUGAACACGCCUCUCACAACCGCGUAUGGUGCGUCUUUUGCAGUAAAAACAUCGAUGAGAUCGGUAGUUCUUUUGCUUGUAAUGCAAUUCAUCACUUGGCAAGUGUAAGUCAUCUGAAGAAUUUGAAGCACUUUUUGUGGAAAAAUGGUGGAGGAAUGGAUUGCAUCGAAAAUUUUAGGAUAACAAAAGCUGAUGUUACUAUGUGGGAGAAAAAGUGUAAAUCAUUGAAGAAUGGAGCUGUAUCAUCUAAAGAAGCAUCUCAUGGACCAGUUUUUGGACCUUCCAAUGAUAUCCAAAAUGAACUCAACUAUGUAGAUAAUAAUAGUUAUACAAAUAAUAAUGUCCAUUAUUUUGAUCCAAGCAUUUCAACCGAUGUUAUGCCUUUACAAAAUCAUACAAAUGAGUAUCAGGUAUCCCAUUCAGGAAUCACGGAUGUUUCAAAUGUUGGCAUGUAUUCAAAAGAUACUAUCUCUUCUUUACCUCUGGUUACAUAUUCUGGUACAAGUUCCAAGAAUUUGAAUGGUGUAGCAGGUGUGCAGAAUCUUACCCAAAUUUGUGUACCUGAGGUUACUGGAGGAAAUGUACAGUCUGGAGCACCUCCUCCUUGGUUUGAAGCGGUCGGAGAUUGUCAAGUAAAUGUUGGAGUAAAACCAAACUUAGGUAGCUUUGUUUCUUCAUCAAGUAAAUCAGGGAAGUCCAAGAAAUUGAAUCCAAAAAGGGUUGGGGCAGCUUGGGCAGAAAAGAGAAAAUUGGAGAUGGAGAUGGAAAAGAGAGGAGAGCUUGUGAAGGACGAGUGUGAUGCAAACUGGCUUCCAAAUUUUGGUAGAGUUUGGCAAUCAGGUAGCCGAAGGGAGUCUAGGAAAGAAUUUGAGUUUGAAAAGCAAAAUGUACUCAAGGUUGAAAGUCAGUUUGAGGAGUCAGUAAAGAUACAGCCUUACAUAAGCAAACGAAUGGAUGAGGAGCCAGUAAAGAUACAACCUUACAUUAGCAAACGAAUGGAUGAAGAGCCGGCAAAGAUACAACCUUACAUUAGUAAACAAGUGGAUGAAGAGCCAGUAAAGAUACAACCUUACGUCAGCAAACGAAUGCAAAGAGACGCAAGUAAAUGACUGUUGCUGAGGAUUACGAUGUGAGUGAGCGAGCUGUUCCUCCUACAUCUUUCAGUUAGAGACCAAAUUGAGCUAGAAUUUUGUAGAAAUUAUGAGCAAUCCUAGCACGAACGUAGCUGUAAUUUAGAACUAGUUUUAGGCCUAUUGUGUAGUAAGUGGCUAAGUUCUGUUGCCUGUUGGUCAGAAAAAUCUGUAAUAAUCUUUCCGCGGGAGACUGGGGAGAUCUUUUAUUCCAUAGCACUUCGAACUUAUCGUAAAUUUUUUCACCAUAUAUUGUACAUUGGCAAAUGUGAAUGAUAUUUAUUUUUGGAACUAUAUAAUUUGACUUACAAAAUUGAAGAUAUGUGGUGCUGUGUUGAGUUUAGCAGUUCCAUGAAUCAGCAAUCAGGUAAACAUAAUACUUGUUUUUACUAUGAUUUAUGUACAUGAAGAAGCUUGAUGCUUGUAUAAUUGUAUUAGACUUCUCUUGCUUGUAUAUUUCGAUUGAACUUUUGUUUUUCUUUGUACUUACACCUCAAAACAACAAAAACUUAAGGGGAAAGAAGAGAAGCUAUUAGACUAGCAUAACUGGUUCAGAAGAACAAAAUCUUGUAGAAUUCAAUUGACCUCUUAUCCUAAAAUUCCAUAAUUUCCCUUUAGAAGAAACUAAGUUCUCAUCACAUAAGAACUCCCAGGAGAACCAUUUCUCUAUUGUCCGAUCUACAUCAUGUACUACUACAUUUGUUUCAUUCCCAUUUCUUGCUAACACAGCUGCACUAUAUAUUGCUGCCAUCCUACCUGGUGCUUCCGGUGCAUUUCCGCUUGGUCCAUCCACGACCACCACAUCCCAUUUUAGAUCGUAAACUUCUUGCGGUAAAUUUCUCAAUGCCAGUCGACAUUUCGACAUUUGAAGUCGUCCCGAGCUUGCUGUGCAAGCCUGGCUUUUUCUUGCAUGCUUUAGCAGUUUGUAUGCAUCUUUUGCAGGUACUUGAUACUCAACCUUGUAGAUUUUUGUCGUGUUGAGCUUUGUCUUGAUCUUGAUCGUUCUUAGCUUAUCAGGAUCGUCCUCUAGAAAGAUGGUGGUGCCGCCAGCAUUGAUUGAUGCAAGGAAUGUGUAUUGUUGUUCAAGCCCAAAAAUGAGGAGGUUGCAGGGAGCUCUACGAGUGACCAGAUUUGAUAGGAGUUGGAAUUCUUUUUCUGUCAGCCAAGUCAUAUUUGCUAAAGUUCCUAUUCGAUUCGUGGAGGACAUAGAUUCAUGUAAGGGAAGUUGAGUACAAGAUGGAGAAGGUGAAGCACAUGCUUCUUUUUGGAGAGGAGUAAAAGCAGGUGGUGGUGGAGAAGAAGAAGAAGAAGAAUAUGAAGUAACUGUGAUUCUAAUAAGUCUGAGGAUUGAAACGGUUGCUAGGAUCAAAACAAGAGAAGGGAUGACUUUUUUCUUGGUAAAGUUCAUCUUUUUGGUUCUUUGCCAAUGUUUGUGGGUAAAAGGUAACUCUUGUUUUGCCUCAGGUGAAACUGGACUCAAGGAUCGAACUAAUACUGGAGUCACAAGAGAACGGCAAUAAGGCACCUCUGGGGGCAUUUUCUUCUUCAGUUAUCAACACCAAAGCAGCCACUAUGACAUUGUCCUUGUGUAAAGCAGUAUAUUAUCUGGGAUU